AAAAAUGUAAGAGCCAAGUUUGAAGUUUAACCUUGUUUAUUGUUAGACUCUGUGUUUAAGUGGUAAUACUUGUGGUUAAUAUAACUAGCCAUUCUCACUCGCUCUGUAUUCUACCUCUAUUUCUACAGGGUCGCAUAGCUCAAAAAAUCGCUUUCAGCUGCUGCUGAGAUUUUUAACCUUAGUAACCGAUGUUUUGACAGGUUAGUGAAUGUCUUAGAAAUACAUAGUAGUGGUGUUGGCUUUUGAAACGUGUUGUGAUGUCUGGUACUGAUUAAUUUCGAACAAGCCUCGUAGUUAGGUCAAUUGUAGUUAUUUGUUACUUCGGGAACAUCGGUUCGCCGAAUCUUAUUUGCAGCGUCAUAUAUUAGUUUCCUGAUACAGGAACCCCAUUCACUUUAAUUGAAGAAUGAAUUGUUUAGAAUUUAAGGGGAUAAUGGUAAAUUCUCAUUCGUAUUCCGUGCUCAGUGUUCUUAAGGAAUCUGUUUGAAUUUCCUUUUUCAUAUAGUGUUCAUUGCUGGCAUGAUUUGGGCACAUGGCCUCGGCUUUUUGUUUUCCAGAAAGCUGAUUCUCCCUUAUUUAAACUUUUCAUAUUGCUCUCGCAAUUUUUCUUACAUGAGUUCAUUACUUGGAAUUUGAACAUUCGACUAAACAGGAAUCAUAUGAUGGUCGGUUGUACGUGUAUUUUAUAGUUUAGUCAUCCUCAACGUAAAGUCUGGCGCAAAUGUUCUUUAUCGUGUGUUACCAUGUCACAAUACCACGAUUAAACAUCUUUUAUCAAUAAAUGAGUUGAAAAUAUGGUAGCGAGUAUAAUAAGAACUACAAUGUCGAGAAUGUUACUCAUAAUUUAUUUCACAUAUCCAUAUUUUCUCUUCCAGGUUUUUAAUAAGCGAAAUAAUCUUAAACGUAAACAUUCCUGGGUAGUUGUAGCAUACUCUAAAAGCCAGACGGUGACGUAACAUUACCAUAUUGUUUCUUGGAGUACUGAAGUUAUUCUUUGUUAUUUCAUUGUGUUAUGGGUUGCCACGUUUCAGCUGAUAGUUCUAAUAGUUUUACGUGGGACGACUAUCUUAAGAAAACAAACGGUCGCCCGGCGAAGUUGGAGUGCUUUAAACAGGUUAGUAGUGCAUUAUUUUGUAGGAUACAAAUUUGACUUAAAAUGAAUAGUUUAUUUUACUCUCCACAGUAGAAAUUAGUGUAGCUCCCUUCAAGACAUGGCACCAGUACAAUAUUCCAUUGGUGGUCGUAGAUUUAUGAGAAGUGGGGUCUUGCCGAUCAAGAAUAAGUUAUUCUUAACUUGUGACUAGAGAAUUUAGGUAAUAUCUCUCCAGUCGCAGUUGCUCCUAUGUCCCGAUUUUCGUAUAACCCUAUAUUUCUCGUUCUGUGGUUUUACCAGUAUCCUUGAUACAAUGUUAUCUGGUGCUCUCGGCGGUAGUUUCACUCACUACCUUAUAAAUCUCUGAUGAUAUGAAGUAUGCCAUGUUGGACCGAUAUAUUUUUGUGCCAGAUUUCAAGUUAUCAGUAACUAAUUGCUGCAACCUACCAAAGUCAAACACUUUCAAGUCUAGCAAAGUGAGAGAAAGUUGGCACAUGGGUCUGAAGCCUAUUAAUAUUACGAGGUAAAGGAACAGUAAGGAAAUAAUCCGUACAUGGCCUUAAGGUAUAAUUCAAAAGGGUUCCUUAACAACACUCACGGUAAAAUAACUGGAUAUUCACGCAUAUGAGUUUGUACUGCUUAAAUUCGAUUAACUAUAUAAGGGCUCAGAAUUUUCCUUUUUGGAAAACUUUGUGAGAAUAAUUGUUCUUGAGUAUCUAAUAUCAUCGAAUAUUGUACCUAUUUUUGACUGCCUAUUCUGGUUCCAGUAUCAACAAUUCCAUCGAAAUAAAGACUUGUGGUCGUACCCUAGUGGUUCAUUCAUUACGUAGGCAGUAGUACAAAGGCAUUGUAGGUAUCCCAACAUCAUCGUAAUUUUGUAGAUAUCUAAGAAAUAUCUCGUUCAUAUCCAUAUUUCAUUCAGAGGCUACCAGUCAGUGUUGAUACACUUGAAUUAGGCACGAAAUCCUGCAUCUUAUUAGUUACCAUGUUACUUGCUAUCAGGGGCACAGGAUAUUACAACCCUGCUGGUUGAAAAUCAAGACACUUAGAUGCCAUUAUUUGAGACGGCACAUUUGAGUUUUGAAAUGUUUAUCAACGAGACUAAUUGCUUGAUUUACUAAAGUAUUUGUAAGUUUGUUGACAAAAUAUUCUUACAGCUGUUCAUAGUUCCUAACAAGCUUUAUUGAAUACCACAUAAACUACUGGAGAAAGCAUUAAAUCUAAGGUUCUUCAGACGAAAUAUUUCCUGUUGAUCUAAUUGUUGUGGGACACAGGCUGUCGUAAAUCAGUAAAUUCAGUGUUUACACAUAUAACACGUAAGUCGACGAAAAAGACAUCUGAUGCUAAGAAGCAAAUGUAAGUUAUUGGGUUUAAUUUAUGUAGUGCUGACAACUUCAAAAUAUGUCCUUGAUCUGCAAGGCCCGUUAUGAAGCUAUCUGAAGCAGAUCCGAGUUGUUCAGAAGUGGAAUUCAUGUUUUAUUUUCGCCUAUAAAUGUUAAGUGUUCCACAUUAGACUAUAUAUGAUGGUAGGCGAACUAGUUGGGCACCAAACUUAUUUGAUUUUUGAUCCAUUCUCUUGUCCAAAUAUGUCAUUAACUCGCUUGACGUAUGGCACUAUCAUCUGUAAUAGAAUAUCUAACAGCCUCAUGAAGGUCUAGUAGAUUUAUUUAUUUAUUAUUAUUUUAUUUGAACACAAACAUUGGCACGAGAGGGCACCAAAUACGUAUCCGCCACAAUAACAAAAAGGUCAGUAGGAGUUGCGAUUGAUUUGUGUGAGGUCUGUGAUACUACCCGGGCGCCCAAACCGAAGCAGGUGAUUUCUUAGGGCGCCACACCCUGAGCUUUAGACUUAAAGGUCCAAAACAUAUGGCAAUGAAGCAACGUCAGGAGAUGCAGUCUCGUGGUAGCCGGGGUCCAACAAUAGGUUCAUACGCCAUUUAUUCCCUCAGGAUUUUGGAGCCCAUGUGCGCCAUUGGUUUGGAAUUAGGGUUUUCCAACUCACCUAGGUAAACCCUCUGUUUCUACCAGCCCAGUUAAAGCACCGGACAUUUGCUUUUCACCCCCUCAAUUUCGUAAACAACACUUCUGUCGUGAGAAGGCAAUGAGUAGGUCUUCAUUGUCAGUGGUUGUAUACGCGUGGACAUAUGGUAACAUUUUGAGAGUGAAAGCUGACACGCCCCACCCCCGACCAUACCUGGGCAUUUUGGGGCAAAUGACAGGAUGGCGAAGGAGGUUCCGCCCAAUAAUAAUAAUUUUUCUUAACUCAUUUUGUUUCUUUCGUCCGCACAACGUACUCUCGUUAUUUUUAUUAUAUAUAUCUCUCUCAGGUACAUUGUUUCGAACUGUGGGAUUGAGAGCCUAUCAAGUUAAGUGACAAGUUCUAUGUUGCUGGUUCGGUUUUUCAUAUUUCCAGUAUUUUUAUUUUCCACGCGUUUAGAAGUACUAGGUUUAGCUGAAGUGAAAUAUUUUGUAUUGGGAUAGUAACUAGUAUAUCAUCAAGUGUAGCUGAGUCUUAUGCAAUAUAGAUUAUAGCUAUUUUGAGUUUUUAGUAUAUUUUAACAGUUUUUUUAGCGAAACCAAUCGCAUCCACUUAUUCCAUAUUGAUGUCGAUUUUAACAUCAUUCAACUAUAUAAUCGAUUAUUUCAUCUUAAUUCCACUUCUAACUGCUCAUUUAUAUAUUUCUUACUGUAUCAAAACAUCAAUUUCUUGUUUUUGUUUCAGUCUCUUGUUCCUCCGCCAAACUAUUUCGAGGUGAAUACCAUUCUAGAAGCGGAGGAUCAACGUAGCGCAGCUCUUGUUCUCAAUCCAUAUUCAAACGACCUAAUAAAAGCACGUUAUGCUAAUAAUUCUACUAUUAGUAAUCAACAGCUGUUGGAGACCCCAUGUAGAAGGUCCAGUCUGAAUCCUCACUCCAGUGGAACUGUCCGACGCUUCAGAGCAGCUUCAUUCAGUUUAGCUCGAGUGAUAGAAACGUGUGGUCCACGUUUGAGAAUACGUCUGGUUGGAACUGAUGAUCGUAAUGAUUAUUGGUUCUUAGUUGAUUCUGAUCAAAUCAGACCUUAUCCUUCUGGAAGUCCACUACAACCACCCUUUGGCUAUAUGCAUAAUCAUCUUGUGUGGAAUCGUACUCUUAAGAAAGCAACUGAAGGAACGCGUUUUGCAGAUCCUUCGUGGUUCAUUUCACAACCACCAGAUCCAGAGGAUAACUACUUCCAAGUGAAUGACAAGUUAGAGGCAGUAGAUCGUAGAAAUACUCAGCUGAUAUGUCCUGCAUCUGUAGGCGCAGUGAAUGGCCACCAUAUUUUGAUAAAUUUUGAUGGUUGGUCAGGAGCUUUUGACUAUUGGGCUCGUUUCGAUAGUCGUGAACUAUUUCCUGUCGGUUGGUGUAAGUCAGCCAACUACCCUCUUCAGCCACCUGGACCAAACGUUAUACGCUCUCCAAUUAUUCAUUCAACCCCUAGUUUCUUGUAUGCUCAUAAUUCUGUUUCCCAAGCUCCCAGCAUCUCACCAAAAUAUCUAUCUAAAGUACUUACUAACAGUUGCAGUCGUAUCACAAAGACAGAUAAAACGUCCUCAUGUCCUCGUAAAAAGUUGGGACUUUCAAGAAGAAUUAAAUCGCAUACAAAUUCAGUUAGGAGUAAUUUGCAUGACGAAUCAGAAAGCUCAACACCUUUCAGGAAUCCUUGUGAGCUGUCAGCAAAACAACCUCUAAGUAUAAGGAGUUCAUUUUCUCCUGUUUUAUCAAUGCCAAAUCAUAAUAGCGUUGCUUCCGACCAUAUGGACGUCAAUAAAAAUGAACGUGUUGAUUUGUUUGUGGAACCUAAUUCCCUAAAUACUUCACAAGUUGAUUCUUCCAUUCGGUCCUUGACAUCACCACCCAUUGUCCCUCCUGUCCUAGAAGAUGCAAAUGAUUCUUUAAACACGUUUUACUCUUCGUCUCCCCCUGAACAUCCUCCACGAAUCGAAGCUUCUGAAUUUGUGAGUGAUUCUGCGAACGUACGUCAUCGACGUUUCAGUGGCCCUUCCGAUUGCGUUGUGCGUCUCCAAGCGAAAUCGUCAUUAAUGCCAAUGUCCAACGUGUCACAUCCUUAUGAACCAGAACUAAAAUCAUGGAAAGUAGUAACAAAAACUAAGCAAAAAAGCAAACAACACAAACUGAAGCGACGCAGUGGGAAUUCAAAGAAAAAAUAUCCCAAAAUAAAACAGAAAUUCAAAAUAGCCAAUAACAGUUUAACUAGUUCGGUGCUGUGCGACUAUGAGUAUGUUGAUUCAGUUUCUCCUCAGCUGAAAGCCUUCUCUGAUGUGAGUCAAAACUAUGAAAAGUCAAUCGCUUAUUCAGAAGACAAUCCCAAUUUGUACAAAAACGAAGCUGCCGAUUCUACUGCUUUCUGCAAAAACGAUUCUGCAUUAACAUGUACUCCUGUCUUCAUGGCAGAUAGAAAGAGUUUAUUUAAAUCGGAGAACGAUCGAAGUAAUAGUGCAACCAUGGGGUCAAGUUUAGUCUUUCAAUCACAUAUCUCCCAUGAUAUCAUGCAUACGAAUGGCUGUUACUUUGACGAAAUGAAUUCCCCUACUCAUGAUAAUUUGUCUGUUGAAACGUCCGAUUCACAUUUGUGGUUUUCUGGAAAGUUAGAGUCUAAUUCUAAUAAAUCUUCUUAUCCUGUGUACGCUCAUCAAAAUGUUGAUAGUUUAGAUAGUCAAAGUCUAACUACACAUCUCCCUUCGUCAACAGUAUCUCCUUCAUCAUUGGAUUUAGGAUCGUUUCCUUUUCCUAAUCCUACUCAGUGGACUAUUGAAGAAGUAUACAACUACAUUACGGCUCGUGAUGCUACUCUCCUUGAAGCAGCGGAAAAAUUCAAACAUCAUGAAAUAGAUGGCCAAGCACUUCUUCUUCUUAGCAUGGAAUCACUGCGUAAUUAUAUGAAGAUUAAAUUGGGUCCGGCUUUGAAAAUGGUCCAUCUUAUCAGUCGUCUAAAACGUGGGUUGCUGUAACAGCUAGUCUUCGGAGUUCGGCUUUUUUAUUGGUCCUUUAUAUAUCAAUUAUACCAUCCGGACAAUAACAAUUUACAGAUGAUGAAUGUUCCUAAAUCUUCUCUAAAAUUUAUGUGUUUCUAAUCUAUUUUCUUAGUACUCAAAUUGACAGAUCUUUAUGAGUUCAAUGUAGUUGAAUUCAUUCGGUUAAUAUAACUGUUCAAUAUGAAAAAUCGUCUUGAAUAAGACUUGUGUUUUUUCUCAUUGAAGCUAACGUUACCUCUUUAGUAUCUUCUACUUAAGCUUUAUUAAUUAAGUUUGGUCUGUUUUAUUUAUAUAUAUAAAGAUUCGAACUGUUUUUCGU